GCUCAGUUAUUGGAUUUCGGGUCGUUCGGACCCGUUAUUUCCAGUCACCAGACGCUUCCGACGGAGUUCGAUCGACCUCCCACCACAAGCUCUCCCGAUCUCCAAGAGCCGGGAAACCCUAGCAAUGGCGAUCGCCGCCCUGCGUCGGAUCCCUGUCCACCUCGCUCGAUCCGAUCCCUUCAUCUAUCUCCGGCCCCUUGCACGCCCCUGCUCCUCUUCAUCUUCCGCUGCCAUCGCUCCCUCCUCCUCCGGUUCCAAGAAGGUCGCCGACCGGAUCGUCAAACUGCACGCCGUCGAUCCCGAAGGAAGCAAGCGUGAAGUGGUCGGACUCUCCGGUCAGACGCUUCUCCGCGCUCUGAUCAACGCCGGCCUCAUCGACCCCGCGUCCCACCGCUUGGAGGAGAUCGACGCCUGCUCCGCGGAGUGCGAGGUCCACAUCGCGCAGCAGUGGCUCGACAAGCUUCCGUCGGCGUCCUACGACGAGCGUUACGUUCUCACCAGGGCCUCCAGGGACCGCAUCCUCAACAAGCACGCCAGGCUCGGGUGCCAGGUCGUUCUCCAGCCCGAGCUGCAAGGUAUGGUUGUUGCCGUCCCGGAGCCCAAGCCUUGGGACACCCCCUAGGUUGACAAGGCUCGUCUCUGUCGUCCCUUUCUCGACAAGAAGAGACUGAUGAAGACAAUGUUCUAAAAAUAUAAAUGGUAUCAAGGAUCACCGUUUCGAGUACAGGAUCCGUUUUAGUGAUUUGAUCGGAUUGGUAUACUAGUUAAUACCAGUGUUCCAUGUGUUGAUACACCGGUACGUAUCAACGUUUCAAAGAGGAAGAAAAAGGAGAAGAGGAAGCAUGGGUGGAGGAAGAGGAGGAAGAAGAGAAAGCGGUGGAGAAGAAGAAGAAGCGGCAGAGAUGAGGUGGGAGUCUACCUUGGAAGAAGGAAUGCAGCGACAACAGCGUUGGCAAUGGCAUCAUGAACCAGCAAUGACGACAACGGCGGUGGUAGCAAUGUUGGAUGCGAGACGAGGGCUCGCAAAUACUUUCUAUUUUAGUUUUUUCCUUUUUUUAAUGCUGAGUUGGAUCGGCUCCACUGCUAUUUUAAGGUUUAUUUAUUUAUUUAUUUAUUUAUUUGAGUUGGACCAGGCUACCCGAAACAGGGGUGGUCCAUGUCCGGACCAGUAUAUAUUGUCUGUUUUGUACUGUUUCAGGUGGUAUGACAAUCCUUGAAUGGGAUGUUUAAAAAGUAAAAGGGAGUGAAGAGUUUUGUGUGAUCAUACUGUGCCCCUUAUAUGUAUAAGAUAAUUGUAAAGCCAGUUGUGCUUUA